GGGUUAGCUGAUAGAACCGUUACAGGAGAGAUAGGAGAGAGAUAGAGCGAGCGCGCGCGCGCCGGAGGGAAUAUGGUGCUAGUACACAGCGAGAGAACUAAGCCGUACAGCUGUCGACACAGCGGGGCGAGAGGUGCGCGAGGCAAGAUGUCAAUUCCGCUCCUCAUGCAAGUGGUGGGCAUCCUCCAUCUCUCGGCGGUCUGCGCGAGAGCGGUGGCGGUGGCGGGCGCCGUCUUGUCGCCCACUGCUGGAGCAGCAGCAGCGGCGACGUCGACCGGGCGCGGCGGUACCGUGACCUCUGGCGCUGCGGCCGUGGUGUCCUCUUCUGUGGCGACGGCGGCCGGGAAGUCGUUCACGGACGUUAGGACCGAAGAACGUGCGCAAGAGGCCCGGAAGGCGUUCGUCAGCAGCAGCAGCGGCAGCAGCAGCACCGGCAGUAGCAACUCUCCUGCUUCAGGGAGAAGCAGAACGGCGACGCGGCCAUUGUUGCGGACAACAUCAAUCACUCGUGAGGUUUACUCUGGAGACAGGCGACGGAAAAGCAGAGUUUCUCGCGUGGCAACGGGAGCCUUUGUCGCGCCGCUGGGCCCCUCUCUCAGCCGAUCUUGCUGCCACCGCCAACAGCAACGGCACCCACUCCCUCGCGGCGGGGGCGGCGCCGGUGGGGGCGGGAGCGUGCGGCGCAGCAGGUGUUCGUCUCGAAUUGCUCCUGCCAAGCCCACUACGUUCAGCUGCGGGGCCGUCUCCGAAGCCGGCGGCGCGGAUGCCUGCGUGGUGGCGCCGAGCCAAAAGAGACCGUGGAGCAUGAGCGCGGCGGCGGCAGCAGUAGCAGCGGCGGAAGCAAUGGCGUCUCUCGCUGGCCGAGUCUCUUCUCCUCUUCCCAGCCCUGGCAGUUAUAGCGGCGCCGGCGAUUUUUUCUCUCGCUCGCGGCCGUCAUUAAUAGGCCUGCGUGCACUGGCGACCGGCGCCGCCGGGGGUAUCGAGCCCGAUCGUAGUCGAGACCGCGACCGUUCCAACGGCAGCGGCGGCGACGACAGCGGCCGGAGCGCGGCCGCCGUCAUUGUAAGUACCCCGGUGGCUGCCUUCCAGGCGCUGCUCUCUCUGGUGCGGUGGGUGCUGACCGCGGGCAGGUCGGGCAUGAAGCGGCAGGAGCAGGCGGCGGCGACGGGGGCGGCGGCGAUGGAGAGAGGGCGGCGGAGGGAUGGCCUUCAGCUGUUCCAGUGGAUGUGGCGACCGUUCGCCGGCCUGGAAGGAGGAAGUGUCGCCAGCAGAAACAGCGGCGGGCAGGCAUCGAAGUACAGGAGGCCGCAAGCGACCGGGGUCCCGAAGCAGCGGGCGAUGCUCCAGCCCCUGACGACCCAGCAGCUGCAGUCCCGGUACCCGCGGCCCCAGUCGACGGCGUAUCCCCGGCCGCAGUCGACGGCGUACCCCCGACCAAAGGUCUCCCCCCCGUCGCUCCUUAACCUCGAGGCCGACGAACCCAUGGAGGUCCUGCCGCCCCUGAAGGAGAGAAUGGCCAUGGAGGAGACCGGCGUAGAGCGAGCGGUCACGAAGGACCCGCUGUGGAGCAAGAUCCUGGUCUGGGUGUUGGAGCGGGCGAUCACGAACCGCGCCAUGCUGGUGGAAGGGCUUGAGGUGAGCGUGGACGCGCGCAGCAACCGGGAGGCCAUGAGCGGCCUCCUGCAGUCCGUGGGGAUCACGUUCAACCACCUGGAGCUAGAGAACCUGCAGAUCAGCGGCGGCGCGAGGAUGAACAUCACCAACCUCGACCUCAAGGUCAUGACCCUGCUCUGGAAACGGUUCGGGUCCUUCAAGAAGCCGUUCGAGAUUGAAGGCUCGUACGUGUUGACGAGCGAAGACCUAUCAACAAGCUCAAUAGUGCGACGACUGGUGACGAACAUGAUGAACUCCACUCUUCGCAAGCUCGAGACUCUGGCGACGGAGCCGUUGCGCAAGAGCAGCAUCACGAUCACGCAAGUGUCGGCUAAGCGCAGCCGCUUGGUGAUCGAGGGGGAGAUGGCCUACGAUAGUGCGAAGGUUCCCUUCACGUAUCGAACGAGUAUCGGGGUCAAGGGAAAGGGUCACGUGGUGUACCUCAAGGACGCGGAAGUGUUUUGGGAGAAUAUCGGCGGGUCGCUGUCCCUCCCGCUCCUGCCUCUGGAGACGUUCGAUGUCGACAUGGGGGAAGGGGCGCGGAUCGAGUCCAUCCGCAUUGUGAACGGGCAGGUGGCGCUAAAGGCCAGGGUCGUGAUCUCGCCGUUCCCUCCGCUGCUUGUGGCCUCCGUGAGGAAGCGGGCGGCUUUCAGGUUUGACGUGGCGGAGAGGCUGUCGGUAACGUUCGGUAACCUCGUGCAGAACAUGAAGAUCUUGGGGCUCCAGGUCAGACCAAACCAGGCCUGAAAGAAAGAUGCAUAUGAUAGGAUGUGAUAGAUACUAUCUUCUGCGCGCGGGGGCGGGGGGCGGGGCGUUGGUUGGUCCGUCCUUGUUGUAUAUUAACUGUUGUCUUGACUCGCGUUGGUGAGUACGUGUGUGUAUGUUUUCGUUUCUGUGGUGGAGAGUAGGAACGGCGCGCGGGGAGGGGGUUGGUUGUGGAGUGUGUUGUGGGGGUUUUGGUUGGCCACCGUAAAGGCAUUGGCUGUGUGGUGGUUUGGUUGAACGGGAGGAGAGCUGUCGAGACGGUAUGCGUCCGCGACGCAGAGGGCGGGAUUUGCUUCGAGGUGUGCCUGCAUCCCGGCAGUGGAUUGGGGCAGACCGAGAAGUGUUUGCUCCCCACACGAGUAGGAACAUGUUUCACCUCUUUUGCGUUGAAUUCAAGAGGCAUCAUGCCCCCUUUUCUAGCUUUCUUGCGCUCAUAGACGCGUGCCCAGCUUAGUCGCCUGGCGCAGCUCGGAGGGUUGAAACCGGCGGGUUGGGGCUGCGUAGCUCGGCUCAGUCGAGGAGGCGUGAGAUUGGUUGCAGCGCGUACGGUGGGAGUUUUGGUUCAGCGGCGGCUGGGCAUUGUUUACAGGUCGGUUUUGGUCGCGGCGGCAUCACGCGGGGUUGUAACGGCAGGGCAAUCGUGAGCAUUCCGUUGGCCUCGGGUAUAGAUAGCUACAUGCAACAGGGAUAGCCUAGAGACUGCAAGUAGAGUUGUCCUUUUGGUCGCCUACGAUGCGGGCGAUGGCAGGUUGUUAGCUACAGAUAGCGCCCGCACUUGAGAACUUAGCAGUUAAGAAAUUGAGACUCCCAAGAAAUCAGAAGCUAAGAACUUGAGCACCAUUUGUGAGCUUGGUUAAGAACCCUGCACUAAAAACUAUAUAGCGGCCAUUUGUAGCCCACCAAGAGGAUCAUCAGCAAAAUAAUAACUCCAGCCUCGGCCGAAACUAGAGGUUCUUAAGUGCGGGCGCCAUCUGUAACGUAGAAUGCAGAUAUCGGAGUAAAGGGGUUUGUGGUCGAAAGCGUGUCUGGACGAGACGUAUGUACGAAAAGGGUGCUUCGUUGUGGUACUACCACGUAACGCGGGUGGGAUGCUUGCUUCUGUGUUGAGAUGUCCCUCGACUCUGCAUGGCUUCGCGCGAAGAACGCAAGACUGUAUGGAGCGUUGUGGUGUUUUGUGUAUGCGUCCGUCGGCACUGCUUCUGUGAUGCACGUGCUUCGUCGACACCGUUUCAUAUGCACUGCUGUUAGGCAGUACUUUCGACUUUUCUGACUUCGUCACUGGUGUCUUAUCGCUGAAUUAUUCUCUCAAGCGUAUUUGAGCCUCG